GAACUCGACAGACCGUGUCAGACCGCGUCAUGGCGGGGUCGAAAUUUAAAAAGCCCGGGGAUUUAACAGCGAAACUGCCCUUGACUGAAAAGUUGCUGGAAGUUCAGAGACAAUGGAACGACCGCGUGCAACAACAGGAGGAGCUGGACACUCAGUCAGAAGUGUAGAGUCACAUCGUUUCCCUCCAUCACAGGACGAGGAGGAAGUUCCAGGAUCACAAAACCAGCUGAAAACAGACUCCAGCAUGCCUUCACUGACAGAUAAUCUGAUGAACAGUGAUAUUCCAGCUAAAUUGGACCAGUCCAGUUUUGCCUCUAGCUCCUGUAUCCCCAUGGCCUUGGCCUGUGGCUUCGCAGGCCUGGCUGUUGGUGGUUUAAUAAUAAUUGUUGUUGUGUACAAAUGUAAAGGUGAGAAAGCCGGGCUGCAGAAGAGGAUUAUAUCGCUCGAAACUGAAUUACGAAACAACCGUGAAGACAAGGAAAACACAGAACAGCUGGUUACCACAGUACUGGAACAGAAGAGGGAACUGGAGAACCAGAGGAAACAACUCCGAGAACAACUGGACGAAGUCGAGAAAGAGAGGGAGAGGAACAAGAGGACGCUUCAGACUGUGGAGGGAGAAAUAACACAGAGAGAAAUGACAUUUGACAAACCAGAGGAGUUGUUAAGACAGAAAGAAAAUCUCUUACAGGCUCAGUGGAAACUGGACCAGACAAAGAAAAGUACUGAGAGACAGUUACUGAACAUAGACAAACUGCUGGAUCCCAUUGAGUUUCAGAUUGGCAGAAUAAAGAACAGGAGGAGGGAUGUUGCCAUCUUUAUGGAGUAGCCAAACUGAGACAAGGCAAAAGCAAUCAGAGCAAAUCAGUCACCAACAGGGAACUGGAUCAGAUGUACAAAGAUUAAUUAACUGAUGUUUGCUGGGGCUGUUGUAGAAAAAAAAAAAGAAAAAAUGAAGUGUAAUUUGUGAUUUACUGAAACAGGACACAGUGCUAAAGAUUGAUUUGUUAUUCUAAGAGCUGCUGAAUGACGACGAGGAUAAAUUUUCUGAGUCCAGACAAUGUAAAGAAAAAACUGUGUAUAAGAUUUAUAAACAUC